AUGAGCGCCCAGGAUUUUGUCGACGCCUCGGAGCACUACGAGGUUCUCACGACCAACGACACUCCCUCUCUGUGCGUUAUCGUCAUCGACACCAACCCCCGCGCCUGGGCUGCCAUCGCCAACGUGCUUCCUCUCUCGAAAGCCGUAGCAAACAUCCUCGUCUUUGUCAAUACCCAUCUCGCCUUCAAUAAUUCAAAUCAGGUCGCUCUCAUCGCUGCCCACCCCCAGAGGGCUGUCUGGCUUUACCCAACAUCACCCAAGCCCCCUACAUCAACGUUGGAAGAUGUCGAGAUGGGCAAUGCCGCCGGCGGAAACCCUAUACAUGCCGCUAGUGCUGCUCCAGACGCCGCUGCUCAGCACUCGGCCAACAAAUAUCCGCAAUUCGCCCAGAUCGAGGCGUCGCUGCUCACCGCUCUUCGAGCCCUGAUCGAUGAGACCACUUCUGCCGACAUUGCCUCAACAACCACGACCCAAGUCUCGGGCGCUCUUACCCUUGCGCUCACCCACAUCAACAAGACCGCCCUCUCCUUCGCCGCAGCCCGCACAGCCGCCGACGCCAGCAAUGCCAGUAGAGGAGGGGCGAGGACCGCCGGGGGCGGGCUGGCUGGUCUCCACGCGCGCAUUCUCGUAGUGUCAGUUAGCGACAGCAGCGCAGCCCAGUACAUACCAAUGAUGAAUGCCGUCUUCGCAGCCGCGCACACGCGCAUCGCCAUCGAUACGCUAGCCCUCCGCGGCAGCGCCACCUUCCUGCAGCAGGCGAGCUUCAUCACGCGGGGAACCUUUAUCCACGCAAAGGAGCCGCAGGGCCUGCUGCAGUACCUCAUGUUUGGCUUCGGCAGCGGUAGCGCGCCGUCACGGCCUUUGGACGAGCUAGAGGGGGCCGCGAGCAGCGGCAGCGCUAAGAGCAAAAUGGCCCAAGCUGCCGGGAAGGCGAAGGGCGGCGCUCCCACCGCCAGCGGUGUAAAGGUUGCCGGUCUCAAGGCGAGCGUGGCUGACCUGUUGGUCAUGCCGAGCGUGGACCUGGUGGACUUCCGCGCCGCCUGCUUCUGCCACAGAAACGUCGUCGACACGGGCUUCGUUUGCAGCAUCUGCCUGAGCAUCUUCUGCGAAGUGCCCGAGGGCGGCGAGUGUCUAACGUGCGGCACAAAAUUGAAGCUGGGGAACUACGGCGUACUGCCCGCUGCUAUUUCUUCCGUCCUUCCCUCUUUGACCUACACGGCGACCGCAUCCCCGAAUGCUAAGCGCAAGGAGAAGAGGAAGCUCGGCCCCAACGGGGAAGUCUCAUGA